AGCGCGCGGAGUUUUAUAUCGCACGAGCCGUGUGCGCGAGCGACAAAGAGAGAGAGAGAGAGAGAGAGAGAGAGAGAGAGAGAGAGAGAGAGAGAGAGAGAGAGAAGCAAAACAGGUUGUGAGUGAACGUGGAUCAGGAUGAGUGACCAGUUUAGCUGUGAGAACUGUAAGGAGAUCCUAUACGGGAGGAAGUACAUCCAAGUGGAUGACGUCCCUCACUGCGUCCCCUGCUACGAUCGUCUCUAUGCCAACAGCUGCCAGGGCUGCAAAGAACUCAUCGGACACAACUCACGGGAGUUGUACUAUGACGACCACCACUACCACGAGGAGUGUUUUCGCUGCUCCCGCUGCAAGCGCUCGCUUGCCGAUGAACCUUUCACCUGCCAGAACGAAGCUCUUCUGUGUAACGACUGCUACUGCAGCGAGUUCUCUUCCAAAUGUGUGGCCUGUAACAAGACCUUCAUGCCAGGCUCAAGGAAGUUGGAGUACGGUGGUUCUACCUGGCAUGAAGAGUGUUUUGUGUGUUGUGUGUGUCAGCAAUCUCUGGGCUCACAGUCUUUUAUCCCUGAUAAGGAUGAGUAUUAUUGUGUUCCCUGCUACGAGAGACGCUUCUCUCCCCGCUGCAGCCACUGCAAACAGAUCCUGCUGCAGGGUGGGGUGACGUACCGAAACGAACCUUGGCACAGGGAGUGUUUCCUGUGCACAGGCUGUAAGAUGCAGUUAGCUGGUCAGCCCUUCACCUCUCAGGAAGAAAAACCUUACUGUGUCAAGUGUUUCAGCUGCCUGUAUGCACAGAAAUGCACCGCCUGCAACAAGGCCAUCACAGGUUUCGGCAACGGGAAGUACGUUUCCUUUGAGGACCGUCAGUGGCAUCAGUCGUGCUUUAAGUGCUCCGGAUGCUCCAUCUCUCUGGUUGGAGCUGGAUUUUUUCCCAAUGGCUCAAAUAUCCUGUGCAAAGAUUGUAACAACUAAACUACAGAUUCUGUGUGUGUGUGUGAGUGUGCACGUGUGUGUGUGAGUGUGUAAAACACUGAUCCAGGAUCAGGAGUCAGCGAUACAGUCAGAAUAUAUCAUUCACAGUAUAGUAAUCAUUUACCAACAUGUUUUUACAGUUAGAAGUGCAAUGUGUAACACCACUGAUGUAUUUUGAAAAUAUUAAACCUUUUUACAGUUCCUACAAUUCAGAUUUGGCAACAAUUUCUUCUAAAAAAAAAAAAACCCAAAACAUUCUGUGCUAUAAACCUGAUUUGAGGGCGUGGCAACGCAUGACUUACUGUAGUUAGCGAUGUCACAAAAUAAACCAGACCAAUCACGUGUGAUAUGCAUAUGAUCAAAGAACAGUGUAAUCAUGAUAAACUUUUAACUUAUAAAGCUUGAUAAACUUUUAUUUUAUAUAUAUAUAUAUAUAUAUAUAUAUAUAUAUAUAUAUAUUUUUUUUUUUUUUUUUAUGAGGAAAACCACACACACACACACACACACAUACACACACACACAUGAAACUUGUUACUAACAAAACAUUUCUGAUGCUUUGACACUGGAGCUCAAGAAGUUAUAUUUUUGUCAUGGAAAGUCAAAUAGCUCUUAAAUUGUUAAAACUGUUGCUAGGCUUAAUGGUGAAACAAGCAUGCCAAUCACAAGCUAGCUAAUGACCGAGGUAACCGAUUUAGCAAGCUAACACACAGCUGUCUGAGACAAUUUAAAGGCGUAGUAACAGUGGAAGUGACAAAAAAUCAUCAGCAGUGAAAAUCCUCCUGUUAGCUAAAAUGAUCUUGUAAUUAUACUUAGCACUGACUGCUUAACAAGAUCAAAUUUUCUUGUUUCUUCUUAGCGUGAAGCUGCAAUGUGUAUCAGCACAGCACAAAGUUAAGCGUAUUUACAAACAGCUUUAUAUAUAUAUAAAAAUAUAUAUACGCAUGAUUUGUCCUGAAUAAAUGUUAACAUCACAUACUGUCAUCACUUGACUUACUGCUUUGAGCGUCUUGCUGAGCAUGAUGAACCACAUUCCAACAGACAAUUCAUAUGAUGUGCAUGUAGCAGUGCGGUUUUUACGGUUCUCAUGUCGAGUCGUGUGCAUUUCAGCCUGUAAAUUAGGCACGAGUGUUUAGAAUCUGUCUAAUCUGUUAUAUAAUCUGUAUAUAUCAUCUAUUAUAUAAUCUGUAUAAUCUGUUUAUAACCUAUGUUCACAUUACACGCCUUCCUGCUACACAUGUGCUUCCUGAGGACCCAGAGUUCCGCUGUUUAGCUAGCUAGCUUAUUAAUGUAUAAUGUCUCAUUAAAAAAAAAACACUGUCGUGCUGAGUGAGAAAAUUAAUUGUAAAAUAUUUUACAAAAGUAUGUUAGCAUUCUAGGGGGCACGGUGGCUUAGUGGUUAGCACGUUUGCCUCACACCUCCAGGGUUGGGGGUUCGAUUCCCGCCUCCGCCUUGUGUGUGUGGAGUUUGCAUGUUCUCCCCGUGCCUUGGGGGCUUCCUCCGGGUACUCCGGUUUCCUCCCCCGGUCCAAAGACAUGCAUGGUAGGUUGAUUGGCAUCUCUGGAAAAUUGUCCGUAGUCUACCGUAAGCGGUAGAAAAUGAAUGAAUGAAUGUUAGCAUUCUAAAAAAGCUAGCUAGCAUUAUUAAUAUUACAAAUAUUGGGAGAGCAUGUAUAGCUAGCUAGCAUUAGAAAUAAGGAAUGAAACUGUCUUAGCUUGGCUAGCAUUACACUGAGGCAUUGUUUUUGGAGCGACUAUACAUGAAUUGCUUUAGCUAUAUCUAGCUAGCUAACUGUAACUCUAGCUAGCUGAUUGUGAUUUCAGAUAGUUGAAAGUACAUCAAUAUUAGCUAGUUAUCUAUGAUAGUAAUGAAUAUCUACAUAAAAAUAUGAUUUAGAUGGAACACUGGCUUAUUCAGUACCUACACUAUAUGACUCAUAGCAGCUAGUAAUGGAAAUUAAUUAUACAACGUUUACUAAACUGAACCAGCCUGUUUAUAAAUCAGCUAGCUAGCUAUUAAAGUGACUUAGCUAAACAUCAAUAGCUAGCUAGCUAGCUGUGUUGUUAGAAAUGAUGUCUGAAACAUAGCUAGUUGGAUUGUAUUACACUGAGCACUUCUCAGAUGAGUAGCUAAUUGAGAAGCUCGCUAGCUGUACUAAAGUUAGCUAUUUAUCUAGCUAGCAUGUCGCUGUUUCAUAGAGACAAUAUAAAUGUGAGAAUGCUUAUGAGACAAAAUAGUCAGGAAUUUUAAGAUUUCUCUCAGUUGAAUUACUGAGCAAAUAUUUCAGAUUUAAAAUUACACCAUAAUUAGAUCGAUUUUUUUUAAUCGGGUAAAUUUUAGCUACUGAUACAAAUAUUUUUUUUUGUUUGUUUUUAUUAUUUUACUUCUUGUUAAAUUAAUUGUAAAAUGUUGAAAUACUUGAUGUGACCCUUUCUGCUGUUUCUAUUUAGUCAUCAAUUCCCAGUUACAGCUCUGCUAGCCUAAUGCUUCUAAUAAAAAUCACAACAGAAACACAAUCUAGAUAUCUUUAAAUGACAGUUUUGCAAAUUCUGUUGAAUUAAAUUAGUUUAUAAUAUUACGUAUAAUCAGAAGCACGAGCGUUCAGAGAACCUCAGGCGUGUAAAGUGAACAUGAACGUGGGCUCCAUAUUUACACGGCUUCAAAAAUAUUUUCCGUCUAUAUAUUUUGUCGGAAACUUCACAGGAAGUUUCCGUCAUCUGUUUAUCCUAAUAUUCUAAUCAUGUUGAAUUUUAAUGACAUUAUAAAAGGUUAUAAAGCCUGUAUAACACAGCGGGAGGAAAUACCAUGUGUCUGAGUCUCUGAGUAACAACACAACAACGAGAGGCGUUAAUACACAACAUAAUAAAACAAUGCAGGUGGCGAUAGGAAUUUAUUCUAUCAUAGAGUAUUCAACAAAAAAUGUGUACACUUGUGUGUGUUGAAUGAUUACAUUAAAUUCCUAACGGAUGUUUUACUUGGGGUUGAGUUUCACUGAUUUAAUGCGAGAGUUAAAAUCCAUUUAUUGGAAAUAAAACUGAAAUUCAAGAUAUAAAUAGUAAUAAAUAAAGUUUGAAAGUUCUGUCGGAAAGUGAAACUCGCUCCUGUAUGUAAUGAAAAUUAUUUUAGUUGUGUUUCAGUGUGGUGUGUUGUGUUGUGUCCUAUUGUGUAGCAUUGUAUGGCACGCUUCAACAAUUAAACAAGUAUUAAAUCUGCAGAA